CUGUAAGUUAAGCACAGCGCAUGCGCGUCAAUAUCGACCGCACCCGUCGUGUACAAGUUCUGUCACAUUCUAGGAAAACGUUUCAAAUCGAGUUAAUCAGAUGCAUAAGCACGCUUGCGAAAGCGAGCGCUGCGUGAAGUGAGAAAGAUUCGUGACUGUCGCCGAUGUAUCCGAGGAUGUUGUGGACGUUGCUGAUUGCUGCAGCGGCAUUGGUGGUGGACGCGCACGAGCUGGACCCGGCGGCAUGUGCAGCACGAUUCGAUGUGCAGCGGGACAAGAUCAUCAGGACAGAGGAGUCACGCGAGAUGGGCGCGCGUUACCUCUCCGAGUUGGACGUUGGUGCGCGUCGGGAAUGCUUGCGGCUCUGCUGUGAAACCGAUGCCUGUGACGUGUUCGUCUUUGAGGAAAAGAGCCCAGGCAGUUGCUACCUAUUCAAUUGUGGGCCGCCAGAGGACUUCCGUUGCAAGUUCACGGCUCACGGCAACUUUAGCAGCGGCGUGCUGGCGCUGAGUCGUCGCCUUGCCGAGCUGCAGGAUCAGGAGCGUCUCGAGCACCAUGAACGAGAGCUCGCUAGCCUCAGACAUCCAACGACUACGACAAUGAGCACGACGCAGACCACGCGCAGUACGGAACUACCACGCCUCCCACCGGAACCCCCACAACCGCCCCAAGAGCCGCCUCCACCUCAACCUUUACCGACAGGGCGAUGCAGCCGAUACCAGUUCGAAUGCCGACGCGGCGGAGAGUGUAUCGCGGUUUACAACGCGUGCGACGGCGUCCCGCAGUGCGCGGAUGGCAGCGACGAAGCGCCGGAGCUGGGCUGCCCAGCCUCCCCCGCGCCCGCCGUGCCACCCGAGCACUCGCCCGCACGAGUCAGCCCCGCCACUCACCCGCCCGUGCCUUCUCUGCCACUUACGCAGGUUCAAGUGCUAGAUAGCGUUGAAGACGGCAGAAGUGCCGUGGGUCCAGUGAGCAACAACGAUGCGAUGGCCGAAGGUCCAGACAUUUGGCCGCACCGUCUCACACAAGCGCAACCACAACACAGGUAUAAUUCAGGAAGCGGCGGUAGUAUGGGAGGAUCGCACAUUUUCAGCCAUAAAGGCGGGCUGCUGCAGGAGAACGCAUUCGAGCCUCCUGCGCCUAACGCACCCUGGCCACGGCGAGCCUGGCAAGCGCCACAGACAGGUGCAGACGGCAUGGAUGGCGACCGCGGCUGGGGAGGCUACGGACGUCUCGACUGGCCUGACACAGAACCCCGCCGCGCCUGGCCUGUGCCACCACGACCAGAGCCGGAUAUUCCAGUGUACUUGCCUCCAAAAACGAUGCCUGAAAUGCCGAUGAUAUAUUCAAGUCAGCGGCAGACUCUUCGUGACAGCCCCAAAAAGGGUUUUGAUCUAAUAAAUCAAAACCAGCCUAUAGAUUUCCAAACGGAGCCCCCGCCGCCGCCGCGCCCGCCUGUCGUGCCGCUCGUCGAUGACAGUAUCGACCGAAGAGAGGAACAAAAACCGCCCAGUGUCGAGAAUACGACUAAAAAAAAGGUUUUAAAAGAUAUCCCGCUAGAGUCGGGUAAGUCGUCAAACGCGGGCGUACAUGCGGGCGCGGUGCCACACACCGCCGCAGUGGCAGCGCUCGAGGCGCGCGAACGCUGGCCGCUGGACGAGCACGACGGACUCAGCGAGCACCCGCCCGCUGCCGUACUACUGCUCGUACUCGGCACGCUGAUGACGGCGGCGCUGGGCGGCAUGCUGGCGUGCCGCGCGCGCGCCGCCCGCCGCCGGCGCCGCGCACACCCGCGCCUGGCGCUCGACGCGGACUACCUCGUCAACGGCAUGUACCUCUAACCCGUCUCGCGGAUGGGAGCCGUGCCGUACUGAAAUA